AUGGCGUUCGGGCUCCUGCGAUGGCUUUUCGCCGCCGUGGUCGCUGCGCUGCGGUUCGCGUUGCGCUUCGCCCGCAGCGACCCCUUCAACGUGGCAGCCGAAGGCCAGCAGUCGGCGUCCACUGAGGAGCCCGACGUCGAGGAUCUAAAAAGACUGAACAGGCACCACAAGAGAGCCCUGCACUACCUGCGAUAUGCCAUCGCCUACGAUGAGGAGAAUGGCGAUCUCAAGGAACUGGCCAUCGGGCUCUACCGCAACGGUAGUGAGCAGCUCCAGAAGGGUAUUGCUAUUGACUUCUCCCAAGGACAAGGUCCUACAUGGGAGUGGGCCAAUACCCUGAAGGAGAAAAUGAUGGCCAACCUUGAGAUCGCCAAGGACAGGCUCGAAUUUCUAGAAGAUAUGGUGCGGAUAGAGCAGCUCAGCGAUGAGGUGCCCUCGCAUGCGGGCUUGGCCCGGCGCCCGGCCAAACCGAAGCGGCGUCAGUGGCAGAAGGUGGUCACCCCGAAAGCCGCAGAGCCGAUCAGUGACGGCCCCUCGUGGCUGAAAAGGGCCAUGAACGGCGUCGGGAUGGCCACCCAGCUGUUCCCAGAUCUGAGGGUACCAGCCAAGGGCCUGUUGCUCACUGGGCCAACAGGCAAUGGCAAGCCAAUUCUGGCCAAGGCAGUGGCCCACGAGUCUCACUGCACGUGCCUCAACAUCGGUGCAGCUUCGUUCACUUCUAAAUGCCUCCACACAAGGAGUGAAGAGUGGAUUCUCGUGAUGGCUGUCACAAACAGGCCUCAAGAGUUGGACGCUGCUGCACUAAGCCUGCGACCCCGGGGAUUUCUUAGCCAGCAAGACAUUUAUGGCUACGUUUCGAUGCUGAACGCCACUUGCAAGAAGGAGGAGACGACGAUACAGUGCUGUGCCAAGAUCUCUAUGCCGCCAUUCCAGAAGGCUGGCCAGACGCAUUAA